AUGGACGGAAUAGUAGAUUGGCUUCCCUACGUAGACAGUGCACCUCCAAGUCUACGACAGCACAUCGAGACCCUUGUUGAAAAAGAGCUCCUAGAUGCUGACCUGAAAGUUAUGCAUCCCGGGGUCGAAAGUCUGCUUGGCACUGUGCCGGUGUCCAAAUACGCGACACAGGCUACUUCUCAUGCUACUAAAAGGGAACAAGAUGCUCAAGACCAAAAAAGAAGUGCCAAAAAACCGUGUUUGGGAAUCGAUAAAACGAGGUUUGACGUUCAAGGUUGCAAUACAGCAGACCAACGAGCUGUGUUAGAGUCAUAUUGGAGCCACGAGGAAAGCGUGCUGACCGAAAUACUCCAGCGAACCUUGGGCAGACAGUGGGUAACAAAUAACGAAUACAUGGAAGGCGUGCGAGACGCGCUGAAAGAAAUUUCUGAUUCUCAGGAUAGGAACCUUCAGGAUCUUGAAAAUCAUAGAAAAAUGAUACAAUCGGAAGCUCAGCGGGAUCUGGCCUACAUGGAUGAACGGUGGAAAGAAGCGCUGCUGCGCAACGUAGAAAGCGCGCUCAGCAACGCACAAUGA